UUGACAUUUCCCGAAAGCAAAAAUUCUCAAUUCCUGCCCAUUUCUUUGCGUGAAGGAAAAAUGGAUAUAAAACCCAAAGUUGAGGAGAUUUUUAUUGAUUGUGGUCCAGCGGAUAUUGAUUGUAUUCUCACGGAGAAUUCAGAUAAUGAAGAUGACUCCAUUCAUUCCACAACUGCUGAUAAUGAUGAUGUGGUGGUGGAAGAGAAAAAGUUCAAAGUGAGGAACAACUCUGAAGAGGAAGAAGAUGAUGAGGUUUGUUCAGUUCCUUCCCAAGAAAAUAUUGAAGAAGUUAUCAAGGAUGUUAAAGUUAAAGUUGAGGAGCCUGUUGUGGAACAACCAACAAAGCUCCGGAAGUCCAAGAGGAACCUUAAGAGGAAGAUACCAGAGAGUAGUAAAGUAAGUAAACCCCGAAGACGUCCAACGGUGAAGAAAGAAUCCUCAGAAGAGGAGCAUCAACCACCACUGAAGAAGACCAUAAAGACUGAUGAGCAACAGCCCAAAGAACGUCGUGGACGAAGGAGUAUUGUUCCAGCUGAUGAAGAUCCCGAACUAAAGCCACAUUCCUGCCAAGUUUGCGGGAAGAGAUUCAAGAAGAAGUUCGAAGUUACCCUUCACAUGGCCACGCACAUAACGGAGAAGAAGUGGAAGUGUGAGCACUGCUCAAAGGCCUAUCCCACGAAGCACCGGCUAAGUGGGCAUAUGGCUGUUCACAGAAGUGGUGGCUUUCACUGCAACAUCUGCACGAAGAGCUUCACAACGGCUCAGAGUCUAAAGAAGCACAUCGAGAGGCAUUCCUCCAACAAUCCCCGAAAGAUCGUUAAAACUGCUGAGGAGUUGGAGACCAUCAAGGCAGGUGGGAAGAUCUACAAAUGCCCAAUCUGUGGGAAGGGCAUUAAGAGUCGCUAUCGCAUCAAGGAGCACAUGGUGGUGCACUCAACGCAGAAGAACUUCCACUGCCCCGAAUGCAAUAUGUCCUUUGCAGACAAGAGGCGCCUGAAGAAUCACUCAUUUGUCCACAAUUCCACCUACAAGUGUCAAAAAUGUGGGAAAAACUACUCAUCAAUGGAAAAUCUGCAGAAGCAUCAAGAGGAGAAGCACGAGGGAGAAGCUGAAGCGCAAGUGAAAGAAGAAGUAGAAAAACCAUCAACAGCCAACCAGAAAAAAUGCAAAAAGUGUGGAAAGGCCUUCAGGAAGCAGUGGAAGCUCAACUAUCAUAUGCUAGGAGUCCAUGGGAUUGCUUUUAGUAAUAAAAUUAUGGAAAUCAAGCAGGAGAAGGAGGAUAAUUACCCUUCUUAUUCGGAUGUUAAAAAGGAAUUCCCAGAUGAGGAAGUUCUGGAGUCAAUUGUCAAGGAAGAGCCAACAACUGUGGAAUUUGUGAUAACAGAAGUGAAGGAUUUGCGCUCAAAUAGAUGCCCUGAUUGCGGGAAAGGAUUCAGCCGGUCAAACUACCUGCGCAGCCACAUGGCCAUCCAUACCAAUGAGUACGACGUGCAGUGCCCAAAAUGCCCCAAAAUCCUCAAAGGAAAGGACAAGCUGAGGCUGCAUUUGAAUUGGCACAACGUGGAGAGGAAGCCCCACGUGUGUCCUCAAUGUGCAAAGAUAUUUCCCCACCGGAAGUCAUUGAUGAAGCAUCUCCGGAGGCAUGAGAAUCAGCAGAGGUAUGAAUGUGAUCAAUGUGGGGCUGUGUUCAAGGAUAAAUCAACACAGGUACGUCAUGUCCGGGAGAACAGAUGCAAAGGAGUGCUGCCGGAUGGGGUUGGAGCUGUUGCAGAGCUUCCUGGUCAGCAGAAGGAAGCUCUCAUGAGAUUUGAGUGCAGCUACUGCGGAAUGAUCUUCUGGCGCAAAGAGGAUCUGUGUCAGCACAUUUCGAGGCAUGUGACAAAGUCAAAAGUCUGCCAGUACUGCCCCAAGAGCUUCCCCAACAAGGAAGCCCUGAAGCAGCACAAUGAUAGAGCCCACAGGGGACUUCCUGUUGAUCCUACUGUUGAUGAUCUUUUCUCAUGCACUGUGUGCAGCUUGACAUUUGAGUUUCUGGACAAUCUCAAGGAACACGUGAAGGAGCACAGAAAAGACAAAGAAUUCACCUGCAAAUCCUGCAACAAAUCCUACUGCCUCACAUCUCAACUAAUGCAACACAUCCGGAUUAGACACAAACGAUCAAUCUUGAAGGAACCUUGCAAAGUCUGCGGGAAGAUCCUUAAAUUGACCAGCAUGCGUGAUCACAUGGCCCUCCACAGCAACAAGGAGACAUUCAUUUGCCCCAUUUGUGCGAAGAAAUUCAAUGCAAAGAGAAAUCUCGAUGCUCACAUGCAAGUUCAUGAUCCCAACCGGAAGUCCUACACAUGUCGCUUCUGUGGCCUCCAAAUAAAGCGGAAAGAGCAUCUGAUUAAGCACGAGAAGGCGCAUCAGACAAAAGUUAUCUGCAGGCAGUGCUUUAGGCGCUUCAAGAAGCCAGAACUUCUGCAGGAGCAUCUGAAAGAGUGCCAAAGAUCACCUGAUGAGGGAUCUUCUUCUGCACUUCCUGCUUCAGCACCUCCGGAAAAUGUUGCGGAGGAUCAAAAUAAAACUGCUCAUUUGUGCAGUCUGUCCAGAAGGAUGGACGUGAAACAGGAAAAAGAUGAUCCGGAUGAUAAUUUACUGGAUUGUUCAAUUGUCAAGGAAGAGCCCGCAAUCCAGCAGGAAGCAUCUGCAGCUGCUACGUUGAAUGAUGAACCACCUCCACAUCAAGUCCAAAAAGUCCAUGAAUCCCAGAAAUUCCCUGAAUUCGUUCAAUUUGUAAUUCAGGAACUCACUGAAUCCCCAAACAAAUGUCCUGAAUGUGGCAAAGGCUUCGCCACGGUCAAAAACCUCCGGGGGCACAUGAUUAUCCACACAGAGCGGGAGAGGAAGCACAAAUGCCACGUCUGCGCCAAAGGAUUCUACUCCAAAUGCUCCCUAGUCCAUCACAUGGAUAGUCAUGCAACAGAGCGGAACUUUUACUGCUCCCAGUGCCCAUUGAGCUUCCCAAGUGACUUCCGGCUAAAGCGUCACAUGAGAUGCCACGCGGAGAGUCAGAAGCUGGCCUGUGAUCGUUGCGGAGUAAUUUGCAGGGACACCAUUAAUCUGCAGAAGCACCGGAAACGGCAUGAUGAGAAGAAGUUCGAAUGCGCGGAAUGUGGGAGGAAGUCCCAGACAAAGUUUGAACUGAAGCUCCACAUUGAGAUUGUUCACUGCGGCAUAAAGAGACCUAAACCACCCCCGCAUUUGUCAGCUGUGGAAAAAAUCUUUCCCUGUGAUCGCUGUGAGAAGAUCUUCACGCGCAAGGAUAGCUACGUGAAGCACUUUACGCGAAUUCACACCGGAAAUCAGAAUAUUCCCUGCCCAUAUUGCCCUAGACUGGCAACAAAUCAAUUCUCUCUCAUGAAUCACAUAAGUUACCAUCACCGUAGGAACGCCAAAACUGCCCCAGGAAGCAAUCCAAAGCGUCCGUACAGGAGAAAAGGUGAGAAGAAGGAAUCUACUACUGUUAAAUCUGAAGGAAUUUUGAGUUAAAAGAAAGAUGAAAGCCUUGAUUGAAGUAUGAAUGAAUAAGAAGAAGAAUAUGUUGGAAAGAAGCUCUGAUUGGCUGGGAAGAAUCAGUGAGAGCAACCUGAUUGGCUACCAUUUAAUCUACGUCACAAUCAGGGGGAACCUUAGUGCAAUAUUAAUUUAAACAGAGUAUCUAGCGACGUUUUACAGCCCCAGAAGACUCCCAAAGACAAACCCGAUUAAAUAUAAAUUUCCGGAAAGAUUUAUUCAAAAAAAUCUUUUAUCCGGAAAUGAAAAAAAGCUUCCGGAGAUAGAAAAUUAUUUUCUUUGUUUAUUUUUUAAUAAAUAAUUUUUAAAGUUA